GGGAACAUGAGCUUGAAUCCCAGCGCAUCCUGAAGUCCCCAAGAACCAAAUUCCGAGGGUGACCUUGUGAAGUCAGGGGAGCUGGAUGAAGAACUUCCUUGAGUCUGAAGGCCUAUAUUUACAAACACUAACUGAGAUCUGUCUUUAGCUGUGGUGAUUGUAAAACUGGAAGACUCUUACUGUAAAGAGGUGGCAGCUUCUCCUGUAACAGUGGUUUCUGAGCCAGAGAGAUGCCAGUGGAUCUGAUAUUUAAGAACCCUCGAAGCUGUACUAUUGCUGAUAGCAAAGGAGCAAGAGGUGGGAAGGGGCAACUACCUGGCUGACCUCUGAUGUCUGGACAGAAGAAACCUUUCAGCUGGCGUUUAAGGAACAGUAAGAGACAAAGCAGAGAUUGAGAGGCAGCUGUCAGUUGUCUCCCACCUGAUGCUCUGCUGCCGUAACCACACCGGGAGGAUGCCACAUUUCCAGAGAUGGGUCGUUUCCAGGUGCCACCAGGACAAGGAGCAAGAACUGAGUGACCACCUUAGGGAGAGAUCUGUGCUGGGCUUCCCAGACUGAUUCAGAUGUUGUGUGAGGGUGUUUUUAUUGGUUCUGAGUUCAGCACUUGGGUGUGAGCCCCACUCCUGUGGGACAGGAGAGCGUGGGAUCCCAGCCCACCCCCUCCAGCAUACAGGGGCAGUAGUGAAGUCGCUAGAAGGAUUUAUUUGGUGGAAAGGACCAGCACUGGCACCUUUGAAGUAACCACUAAUCCGCGUAACCACGGAAAUUUUUGCAAAGGCUCCUUGGAGACCGCGGGCAGACCACUAAAUAAAUACUCUGGGUGGGGUUGAGCUGCUGAAACUCCGCUUCCCUCCCCACAGACACGGCCAGGCCUCCGCAGUGGGGAGGGCCGUGCACGGCACUGGGGGGUGGUGGGGGGCCUCCUGCAGGGCCCUGGGCUGGGCCUGGCUGCCUUCCCCGCUCCCUCCUGGUGGAGGGCACAGGCCGCCCUCCUUGGAAACGGCCUCCACUACCAAACAUCCUUGCCCUUGGAGCAGGCUGGCUCGGCCGAGGGACCGAACUGACCCGUGGCUCGGGUGACACGGGAGAGGGUGCAGGCAUCGGUCGCUCAGCAGGUCAUGUCAGUUCAUCCAGAUCUUCACCAGCACUAUGUGCUGGUCUGCCAAAACGUGGGCCGACCUGAACACCCCUUCAUUGCUCAUGUGCUCCAAGAAGCUGAUAAAAAUGAUAAAAUCAGACGGACAAAAGGGAUGACAUUAAAAAUAGCUGGAAAUAAUCAUCUAGUGCCUGUGCAGAGAAUUACAGGUGACGAUCUUCAAGUUCUUGCCUCUGUCUUAUGCAGUACUGUAUUUGUCACAGGUUUGGAUCUUAGGUGUAAUGUAUUGGCUGAUGCUGGAGCUAAGCACAUGGCAGCAUUCCUCCAGGAAAACUCCACUCUGCAGUACCUUAACCUGAUGUUUAAUGAUAUUGGCUCAAGUGGAGCAGAGCUGAUAGCAGGAGCACUCCAUAGGAAUGAAAGUCUUGUGUAUUUGAGAAUGACUGGAAACAAAAUAGGAAACAAAGGUGGAAUGUCCUUUGCCUCAAUGCUAGAAAUUAAUUCAACCUUAGAGAAGCUGGAUCUUGGAGACUGUGAUAUGGGUAUGCAAUGUCUAAUAGCAAUAGCAACAGCCCUGACUCAGAACAAAUCAGUCAAAGCAAUAAACCUAAAUCGUCCUUUACUGUACAGCCAAGAGGAAGAGACCACAGUCCAUAUCGCUUUGAUGUUGAAAAGUAACUCUUCUCUUGUGGAAUUACACUUGUGCAAGCAUGAAAUGAAAAACUUUGGAGUAGAGCGACUGUGUGAGGCACUGUAUGAAAACUCCAGCCUGAGAUACCUUGAUCUUAGCUGUAAUAAAAUAACCCAUGAUGGUGUAAAAUUUUUGGGAGAACUACUGAAAAGGAACCAAACUCUGGAAAUCCUAGAUCUUAAUGCAAACCGAAUAGAAGAUGAUGGAGCCAAUUACCUGAGUGAAGCCUUGGCUUUGUACAACAGGACUCUUCAGGCGUUGUCAGUAGUUAGCAACAAUAUAAGUGGCAAAGGACUUGUGGCUCUUUCGAGUGCAAUGAAAUCAAACAUAGAACUUUCCUACAUUUACAUCUGGGGGAACAAAUUUGAUGCAGCCACUUGUGUGGCAUUUUCAGAAUUGAUUCAGACGGGUCGCUUGAAACCUAAUUGUACCGACGUGGAGCCGUAUGAAGUGGAUGGGCACGUUUACCUCGCCGAGCUCUCCCACGGCCUUCAGAAGCAUUACUACUGGACACCAAGUUGUGGGGAGGAGACAAACCAAGAUGCUAAUGCCAGCCUGGCAAUUACAGCUGUUUCAGAAUACUUGUGAGCGAGGUAGCAGCUUGAGCUUUUCCUAUCUGGUUUCUAGUAAAAUACAUCAUAUCAGUAUCCAACUUGCUGCAUAUUCUUUCUUCAGGGUCUUUAGAAGAAAUCUAAAACUGCUUGAAAUGGCAUUAAAAUAUCAAGCCACUGACUUAAAAUUUAUUGCUAAAUAAUGCCCACUCUGUUAAGAGCCUAUUAAUAUGAAAAUGUAUUAAUUUUGCUGCAGUUAUUUCUAUUGCACACUAUCUCCUUACCAUGAUGAGCUGUAGUUCCAGGGUUCCUAGGGGAUACAUUUAGUGAAGUAACAUGCUCAGAGGAAAAUAAUUUUCACCACAGUGCACUAGGAGUGACGUGAGGCACUCUCAGCAGUAAUGGGGAGUAAAACGCUCACUGACCAGAGGCACGCAAAGAGUUUAGACUGCAGCAGUGCAGAUGUGUGAAUCAAAUUCCUGGCAGCUGAACUACUCUGCUCUUUUUAGGAUGCCUUCUCAGAUGAGGCUUUUUAUUAAAAAAGGAGAUGGAUCAGAAACAUCCACAGAGCCGUGGAUGGAGUAUCACAGCCUCGGUCCUCUCCCGCAGGGCUGCUGCAGGGGAAGAGCUGCCGCUGCCCUCCGGGGCUGUGCUCGCUGCAGUCAGUCAGGUGCGCGGUAGCAGGGAGCCCACAGGUAACGCCCCUUGAGUACAGCCAGCCAGAUCCAACCCACAAAAACACACCCGGCACAGCCGCUGGGCAGCAGCUUUGCCUGACAGCAAAUCAGAUAUGCUGUAGAACAAGAUUCUUGCUGAAACCAGGUUUGGGGAAAUCCACUUGUUGCUACUGUGUUCUAUAUACUCUCUUCCUUUUACUUAGUAAUUAAGGGCUUUUUGAUCUUUUUCCAAGAGUGGCUUUUUUUUCUAAAACCUCAUUAAAUGAACUUAAGCGUUAAGCCUCUGUAAUGCUGGAAUUUAAAGCUGGUGAACCUCAGAUAUAAAUGGUAUUUUGAUUAACUUACAACAUGUACUUGUUUCCUGUACUACAAAUGAAAAACACCACCAAACUUGGUGUCAUUAUUUCUUCCUGUCUCUUGAAAACUGUUUGAAAAGAUUUCUAUCAUUAUAGCCAUGUGGCAACUCCUACGCACGAAUAAGACAACAUAUGCAUGUAACGGUAGUUAAAACACUGUGUAAUGGUUUAGAUACAGACUUAGUAGAAGUUUGGGAAUCAAUCAGCUUGUUUCCUUUUUCCAUCCUCUCUGCUCAUACCUGUAGCAGUAACUAGAGAAAACCAGGCACCAAACAGGACAGCGGAGGUUUGCUCAAAGGCUUUCACUACUGCAAUCUUCUGUGUGUCUAAACGUACCUGUUAAAAAUUCAUAAAAAAGUUACAGAAUAAUCUGUGAAUGUAUGUGCAUGCAGGCAAAAGACCUACAAGACUGAAGUAUAAGGACAAAAAGAAAGUAAUUUCAGCAAUAAUACCCAAGCAGCAGUGAUGUAACUGCUGCUGUUCUGAUUCUGUAUUACUACAGUGGUCAUGUAGAAAGAGGGAGGGAGAUGUAUGGAUACCCCUUACCAAGCUGGUACUGACAGCUGGCGUACACGGAGGGUUUCUGUUGUUUGGAUUUUUUUGCCAAACACAAAUUAGUCAGUUCUGUUGCUCCAAAAAGCAUUUAGUAUCAUAAGAGGACUCAGAGGUAAGCCCAAAGAGCAAGAAAGUUUGUUCUACACCUUAACCUGCCGUCAUCUUGUCAAGCUCAGAGUCCAUACCUCACUAUAAAAACCCUUGUCUACAGAGGAGCUUGUAUGUUUACUGUUGUUAAACAGGAAGAACGGAGCAAUGAGAACAAAAGUUGAGGAUAUGCUGAAUGAGAUGAUUGUCUGAGAAGAAUCUACAUGCUGUGAAAAUUCCCAAAUUUCUAAUUAUUAGCUAAGCCUGUAUGAUCAAAGUUGGUAUUCUGAGUGCUGCUGCUCUGGAGCAUUGCAGGUUAUACUCUGAUAGGCUCAAGAGAGCACUCUCAGUACUGAGACACUGAUGAUAGAAUUUUCUGCCAGAAAGAUCACCACAAGAUUCAGAUAUAUUUUUUCCAUAUAUCCUCUUCUCUUGUCCCGUUCAGGCUAAUUUCAUUACCCAAAUGAAGUCUUAAUUUACUUGCAUGAAUGACAUUCAGUAAUCUGCUGUGGUAACAAGGCAUCAAAUCUACCACGUCAGUCCCAACUCUACCAACAGCAGUAUUUUAUUUUUAGAUGUGGUAAGAUGACAACAUCAUCAUACAAAAUAUAACUGGAUAAAUGGCAUCUACUUUGAAAAGUGCUAGUGUAUGUUUUUGAAAUAGUUGUACUCGUCUGAACCCUUGUUUGACAGCAAGAUGCUCCACCCAUGAGCACUCUGUUAUUGACAAUAUCCAUAAAAAUAGCUCGUGUUAUUUGAUAUUCUUUCAUAAGAAAGGGCAGCAGAAUAAUUCCUAUUCAAUUUCAUAUAAAUAGCUUCCUGCAAACUAAAAUAAUUAUUUGUGCAAAAAACUAUAUUGCUUAGAGACACCUAUGCCAGAGACAUUUAUUGCUUUCCUUUCUUUGAAAGCCAAACCUUGAAAUUCUUAAAAGACAUAUCUUGUAUUCUUUGGAAUGACAGAAUUUACACAGGCUAGAAUUUUUUGCCAUGUUCUUCUGAGUAAAUUAUUCUGAUAGCUAAAGCAAGCAUAACCCUGCUCUGUAAACCAUUGUUUCAGCUUCCAGAACUCACAGUACCUUGCUGGAAGGCAGGAUUUUUGCCCCAAUUUAAAAAGGGACAGAAAAUGCCUGAUCCAGCAGGCCAGUUGUACAAAGCAGGUCCCCUAAAUCCCACUGUGUGCUCUAGCCACCACACCACCUUCUGUAAAAUUAAACAAUCCAGUAAAAAGAAGAUACAACUCGUGAGAAAAAUGCAUUAUCUGUUUUAGCAUAAAAAGUACAUCUUCAGUGCUCUGUAAAAAACCAACAAACCCCCAAAACAAAGUCCCCCCCCCAAACCUCACCCCAAAUACCUCAAAACAAGUGGCAAAAAAUGAACCUAAGAGUCAUUAUACUAGAUUGUAGUUAAAAUAAGGUUUUUGUUUAAUUUAGUUUGAACAGAUCCAUAAAAAUCUCUUCUAUGAGAAAAGUUAGGUGUGUUUACUGCCGAGAAGGAACUGUAGUAAUCCUUGCUGUGUUAGUAAGCUGCACCAAGGGCUACUGCGCGUCCUUCUGCCAUGGUGUGUGGUGGUGGUUAUGUCAGACUGCUUCCCUCCUCCUUUUGUCGCUACCCCUUGCAGUUAUAAACAGGAGACACAAGGUGAGGGAAAAUUACAAAGCAAGUUUAUUAAAGUCUAACAUAAAACACUUCAGGCUAAAUAUGUACAACUCCCUCCUUUCCCAGGGGAUUAUAAAAUCGAGAGUUGAGGUAUAUACAAAUAACAGAGGAAAAAAAA